AUGGUUCACCGCAUCGCCUUCUGGAGCCUUUUCGGCCUCGGCGCUCGAUUCUGGCAAAUGGGCAUCGAGAUGCGCCCAUUCUUCAACAAGUCCUCCCUCUGGGUGUACCCCGUAUAUGCGGCCGGCGGCGCCAGCUUCGGAUACUGGCUGCAGGGCGUUGACGACAGACAAACCUCUACUCUACAAGAACGAAAGGCUCUGCUCCUCGAGAAGCGAGCGCGCAAGGCGGAGCGAGAUGCUAAGGCAGAGGCCUAG